AUGCUGCUUGGCUUUCCCUCCGAGGUGUGGAUUACAAUGACCGUGGAGUUUGCGGAACGGCUUGGAUUCUACGGAACUACUUUUAUGCUCAUGACGUACUGCACAAUUAUGCUGCGUUGGAGCACGAGCGCCGGGAAUGCUCUUAUCAACGCUUUAUACGCCCUCACACCGUUGUCUGCAUGCGUUUCUUCUAGUGUAUCAGAUGGGCGGUGGGGUCGACCGUACUCCCUUGUUGUUUUCUUGACAACGUAUGCGGUUGGUUUAUCGAUGGUGGCUCUUUCUUCGUUUCCCCUUAUGUACGGUGAAUUUCCACUGGAUCCAUCUGUUCUUGGCGUUGCUUUGUUUGCUACGGGUAUUUUGCUUUUUGCGUUAGGUUACGGUGGGAUGAAGGUGUGCACGAAUCCGCUUAUGGCCGAUUGCGUCUCGGAUGCCUACAAAGAUAACGAGACACAAUGCCAAGUGGUGCUUUCGCAACUUUUUCGUUGGAUUUACGCCAUAACAAAUAGUGGAUCUCUUAUUGGCAUUAUUGUGCCCCCGCUACUGCGGUCCUUGGAUGGGCGAAGUGUUGUGAUGGGAUCCGUGACGCACACAACGGGUUAUUACUUUGGAUUUUCAUUGUCGGCGGUAUCAUCUAUAUUGGGGCUAUCGCUAUUUGUCAUGAUGUAUCAUCGUUUUCGUCGUAACGAGCCUUCGCCCUCAACUGUGCUGCUACGCACUUUUUUUCGUGCCAUUUUCAUACGGUGGUGCUUUGCUGUGGGGCGUAUUCAUGAUGAGGCAUUCCUCUCUGCACAUCGCUGGGAUCUGAUUGACUUUGCCGGCUACUCUGUCACGGCUAAAAAAAGUACCGAUACGGUGGCAUCGCAUGAUGCCUUGUCGGGCGCACCUGAACUCUCGGUGAAAUUACGGAAUUGUACGGAAAGCGGUAGUGGCAGGGAGCUCAACCAAGGCAGGGAAGCCGUUGCAACGGAGUGGAAUGUCAACGAGGCGAAGCAAGACGACAUGCCAAGUCAAAGUGCUUCAAGUGACGCCGAUGGGUUGGACCAGACCUGGAUAGCUAACGCAAAGAUGAUUGCCUCCGUGUGUCGUGCCCUGGUCGCAAUGCCGAUCUAUUGGCUAAUCACAAAUCAGUUUAGUACCAACAUGAUUCUACAAGCAGCAACGACGGGUCUCCCAUCGUAUAUUCCGCCAGAAGUAUUCAACAACGUCAAUGUCAUUUCCCUCCUUAUCUCUUUGUUGCUUUUUGAUCGCGUUGUAUUUCCAUUUGUUUUUGUUAACAAAACUCCCCCUGUACGAGGACGUGUGGUAUGUGGCUUUGCCACAAUGAUAAUUUCUAUGUUUUGGUGUGGCGUUGUGCAGAUAAAUAUAGAUCACCGUGGAAAAUAUGACGAGAAGGAUAUUUAUCAUUUGCUUCCUGGUAUGACAAUGGUAUCACCUCUGUGGCUGGUUCCGCCCUACAUCAUGCAGGGUGUCGCGAGUGCCUUGGUAGAUACAACCAUCAUGGAGGUGGUGUACGUUGCAGCACCGACAUCAAUGAAGGGCACGAUGAUGGCGUUCUAUCUCAUGGCCUCUAGCCUAAGCGGAUUUCUUGGUCUUGCACUUUCACCUGCGAUGCGGCCGAAAAACGCCCAAAUAGUCAUCUUCUCUCUGACAGGGGCGCUUGUAUUGGUGACAGUUUUGUUUUAUCUUCUUAAUUCUCCCACGGCAGAAGCUGUGACAGAAGCUAGCGACGGUCAGGGGACGGAUGUGGCGGCUGAUCCCUACACUGUUUCCAAGGAAGAGAAGGAGUGCUUGUUGUUGAAGGGCUUUUCUCGAAGUGAGAAUGCGGCGUACUAUGGUGGUGUUCUCCAUCACAGAGAGGUUUCACACCUGUGA